UAUCACAUUUCAAUUAUUUUUAUUUACUAAUUCAUAUAGUAUUAUCAACAUAAAAUAUUGGUUCAAUAUAAUAAUUUUGAACUGAAAAAAAUGGCGGUAAAUCACUAUGACUUAGAAUUUUUAUUGGAACAAGCAAAUAAAUUAUUCAGUAGAGAUAAUUGGGCUCAUGAAAUAAUUGAUCAAACAAUUGAUUUUGUAAAUGAAAAUAAUAAAAUUGUUUAUGUUGGGUGUUCGACGGUGGUAAGAGUUCUUCUCAAAUCUGGAAGAUUUCAUGAAAAUGUAGGGUUUCAUGAAGGCGUGUCUGAGUCCACUGGGAAAGCUUUCGAGGAUGCGAGAAAAAUAUCAUACACGGAUGCCCUAUAUAGGACAUUACUAUCAUUCGAAGAAUUUGGCGAACUGAUAAUUAAAAUUGAAAAAAAAAAAAAAAGAUUAGAAAAACAAAAAAAAUUAAAAAAUGAUUGGAUAAAAAAAAAUAUGGUGGAAGCUACAGUUAGUAAUAAAAUCUUAGAGGAAAUGGAAAAAGAUUCGAUGACAGAAGUUUAAUUAAAAAAUAAUUGAUUUAAUAAGAAUUACGUUAUGUGAUAAUUAAUUGUUCAUAAAAAUAUUUUAAUUGCUAUUGACAUGAUUUUAGUAUAAUUAUAAUAAUGAGACUGACUAUGAUGAUUAUAGGAAACAUAAUACUUGAAAAUGAAUCGAAAUAAGCUCAAAGAACAUAAAAUAACAUACACAUACAUACAUAUGUAUAUAUAUAUAUAUAUAUAUAUAUAUAUAUAUAUUUACU